UCUUCUUCACAACCAAUUCCAUUAAUGGAAAACUCACAGCCAUUACACACAGACAGCUUCUCCUACAGCUGGUUAACACACAACACUCCCCCUCCCAACCUCAGACAAAUCGACGACAACGACAACGACAACGACUUCUGCUUCGACGUCCCUUCUUCCUCCACUGACUUUGUGAAUGCGGACGAGAUCUUCUCGGAGGGGCAAAUCAUAGCCAGAUCCCCGGGAACGGAGGCUGCCUCCAUUCCCGGCAAAAAAUGUAAUCAAGUCAUAUCGAAAUUGAGGAGAUUGAUGUUGAAGAAGUGGUUAGUGCUUGUGAGUUGCUGGUCAGGGAAGAGCGGGAAAGUGGAUGAUCUUCAACGGAAGGUUCUAGAAUCUCUAGAAGCUUCGCCAAGGCGAAGCUCAGCUUCUUGCUAUGAUGCUGAUGAGAACUCAAUUAGUGAAGCUAUUAUUUAUUGCAAAAGAUCAAUAGGAAAAUAAUGAGGUGGAGGAGAUUUGUGAAAGGGUGUGAAUGAAUCAAGAAUUAUGAUUUUAUUCAAGAGAUUGAUAAGUAUGUUGUUUCAAUGUAAAAAAAAACUCUGCGUUUUACCAGCGGAAUUACCGACAGAUAUAGUUCUAACGAUAUUAAUUAGCAGCAGAUUAACACAUGUGAAUAACAUUUUUCUUUAGAAAA